AUGGUCUCAGACGAAGUGCACGAGUAUAUGGGGAUUAUCUAUUUUCUUCAGCAUUUUGGUUGGACAUGGGUUGGGCUCUUUGCUGUGGAUGAUGACAGUGGAGCAUAUUUCCUGAAGACUGUGGAACCACUGCUUUCCAAGGGUGGAAUUUGUCCAGCCUUCACACUUAGGCUUCCACGCCAAGGCCGUAUCUUUGGGGACUCUGAAAAGGAUGUUAGGUUUGGAGAUACCUUUGUAUCUUGCAUGAAUAGUACAGCCAGAGCCUUUGUUACCUAUGGUGAUAUUAUGACUAUUAUGUGGCUACUCACCUUUAAAUACAACUUUCUUUCUGAUUAUUUGGACAUCACUUUUGUUGGCAAAGUCUGGAUUAUGACAGCCCAGAUGGAGUUAAUAGUAACAGGUGUUACAAGAAGAUUUGACUUAGAAAUGUUCCAAGGAACCAUUUCCUUUGCAAUUCACUCAAAUGAACCUCAAGGGUUCCAGACGUAUGUUCAGAACAGAAAACCUGACUGGAGACAAAGAGAUGGCUUUCUCAAAGAUUUCUGGGAACAAGUUUUUGAAUGUUCAAUUCUGAAUUCCCAGGAGCUAAUAGAUGGCGAUAAAAUUUGCACUGAGGAGGAAAAGCUGGAGAACCUACCUAGUACUGUUUUUGAAAUGAGCAUGAGUGGUCACAGCUAUAGCAUUUAUAAUGCUGUCUAUGCUGUAGCAAAUGCUCUCCAUGCCAUGGAUUCAUCUAGGGCCAAACACAGGGUAAUGGUGGAGAGUAAAAGACGUAAACAUCUUCAGCCUUGGCAGCUCCAUUCAUUUCUUCAAGGUACUUUGUUUAACAACUCAGCUGGAGAAACGGUGUCUUUUAAUGACAAAGGGGUAUUGGUCACUGGCUUUGAUAUCAUGAACCUGGUGAUAUUUCCAAACAAUUCCUUUUUGAAAAUUAAAGUUGGAAGGGUGGAUCCUAAUGCUUUAGAGGGAAAACAAUUCAUCAUUGAUGAGGAUAUGGCUGAGUGGCGCAGAAACUUUAACCAGGUGCUUCCCCUUUCUGUAUGCAGUGACUUCUGCCAGCUUGGAUAUCAAAAGAGAAAGCGUGAAGGGGAGACAUUUUGCUGCUUCGAUUGUGAUCCAUGUCCUGAAGGGAAGUUUUCCAACCAAAUAAAUAUGUAUGAAUGCUUCAACUGCCCAAAUGACCAAUAUCCAAGCAAGAGCAAGGACAGUUGCAUCCCGAAAGUGAUCACCUUUCUGUCUUACGAAGAACCUUUAGGGUUGAGUUUAGCUUCGGUCACUGUUUCUUUUUCACUGGUUACAGCCUUGGUACUGGGAACAUUUAUUAAGCACAGAGAUACCCCCAUAGUGAAAGCCAACAACCGGGACCUCACCUACACUCUCCUCAUCUCCCUCCUGCUCUGCUUCCUCUGUUCCUUGCUGUUUCUUGGCCAACCAAGCACAGUAACCUGCCUUCUCCGACAAUCUACUUUUGGGAUCAUUUUCUCAGUGGUGGUUUCUUGUGUUUUGGCCAAAACCAUCACUGUGGUUCUCGCUUUCAUGUCCACCAAACCGGGGUCCAACAUGAGGAGCUGGAUGGGGAAAAGGCUGUCUGUCUCCAUUGUCCUUUCCCCCUCUUUGAUCCAAGCUGGUAUUUGCAUGGUAUGGCUUGGAACCUCUCCCCCAUUCUCAAAUUUGGACAUGCAGUCGUUCACUGAACAGAUUGUAGCAGAAUGUAAUGAAGGCUCUGCCAUCAUGUUUUACUGUGUCCUGGGCUAUAUGGGACUUCUGUCCAUCAUCAGCUUCAUUGUGGCUUUCCUUGCCAGGAAAUUGCCAGAUACUUUUAAUGAAGCCAAGUUUAUUACCUUCAGCAUGCUGAUCUUUUGCAGUGUUUGGUUGUUGUUUGUUCCAACGUACCUGAGCACCAAGGGGAAAUACAUGGUGGCUGUGGAGAUCUUCUCUAUCUUAGCCUCCAGUGCUGGUUUACUGGCUUGUAUUUUCUUCCCCAAGUGCUACAUCAUUUUGCUGAGGCCUGAAUUGAACAGCAAAGAAAAUCUAGUUAGGAGAAAGAAAGAAUAA